AUGUGGUGGCUACUGAGAACACUGUGCCUUAUCCAUGUAUUUGGAAAAAUAUUUUGUUUACUUGAGCCAAACAAGAAUCCUGAAUCUCACAUGAAUGUUAGUGAGAUUAUUAAAUACCGGAACUAUCCAAGUUUAGAAUAUGAGGUCGUGACUGAUGAUGGUUACAUUCUUCCAAUUAAUCGAAUUCCUCAUGGGAAGAAUAAUGCUAAUAGUUCAGCCCCCAAGAUGGUAGUGUUUUGUCAGCAUGGCUUGUUUUCAACUCCUGGUGUGUGGGUUGCCAAUCCUCCCGACAACAGCCUGGCUUUCAUCCUAGCAGAAGCUGGGUAUGAUGUGUGGCUGGGAAGCAGCAGAGGAAGUACCUGGGCAAAGAAACACGUGACCCUAAGCCCAGAUUCUGAAGAAUUCUGGGCUUUUAGUUUUGAUCAAAUGAUAGCAUAUGACAUUCCGGCCACCAUUAAUUUCAUUCUGAACACAACAGGACAAGAGCAGAUUUACUAUAUUGGCCAUUCUCAGGGAACUCUUAUUGCUCUGGGGGCAUUUUCAACAAAUCAAGAACUGGCUGAGAAGAUCAAACUCAGCAUUUUAAUAGCUCCAGUUCAUACUCUUAAAUAUGUAGAAGGUUCUGGACGCUUUCCAGCUUAUUUCUCUCCAGAGGCUUUCAAGCUUGCUUUUGGCAAAAAAGAAUUUUUACCUACUGUAGUUUUCAGUGAGUAUUCUAAAUAUGUAUGCAACAUUAAGUUGGUUGAUGCUGGAUGUGCUGGUGUACUGGGAACACUGACUGGAUUUUCUGAAGAUCAGUUAAAUCGGUGCCGUAUUGAUGUGUACAUAACACACAGUCUAGCAGGAACAUCAACUCAAAUUCUUAUACAUUAUGGACAGGCCAUUAGAAGUGGUGUGUUUCAGGCUUACGACUGGGGAAGUCCAUCUCUGAACAUGCAACACUACAAUCAGACUACUCCUCCGUUAUACAGCGUGGAAAACAUGAAGGUUCCAACUGUCAUGUUUACUGGUUUAAAAGAUUUUUUGGCUGACCCAAAAGAUGUUGCAAAUUUGGUACCCAAAAUCCGCAACCUCAUAUACCAUAAAACUAUUCCUGAGUUCAGCCACCUUGAUUUGCUAGUGGGAUUAAAUGCUAAAACUGAGGUUUCCGAUGAAAUUUUAACAAUUCUUGGGGAAUAUGACAGUUAUGUUUAG